CGCAGUGUCGUAAUGUUUUUGUGGAGACGUUGGUUUGCCAUGAAAUCUUUUGGGUUUUGACCCGUCGAGGCCUCCUUUGGUUGCUGCUUUGGUAGAGAGAGAGAGCGAGAGAGAGAGAGCAAACCCGAUUCUUGCCCUGGCCUAGUCAGAGGUCGACGUCCAGUGGAGGUGGACCAAAGAAAAACACCCGACCACCCACCCAAACUUUAACAAACAUUCAUCUGAAGAGGGGAAAAGGAACAAAAAACACAAGGAGGAAAAGUAAGAUGCCACCAUCUUGCAUCACUCGGUUCCUGUCCAAGAUCCAUCGGGAACAGCUGGAGACUGGAGUAGCUGUUGUGUUGCGGAUCCCAUCGCUAUUCAUUGUAGAACUCUGCUUUCGUACUGACCCUCUGAAGAGUGUCCCGGUGGGGACCAGAGCCAAAGAUGUCCACCUCGUGGCCAAUUUCAUUUAUUAUGCAGCUUUCAUUUUGGCCAUAACACUUGCUGUGUUACCACUGAAGAAACUGGUCAACUUCUACAUGUACUUAGUCAGUGCGCUGCUCCUGACAGUAAGUUACCAUGUGUCCUUUUCCUACGUCGAGGAUGAGAAGACCUUGGGCUUCGACCAUUCUCCUUUCAAUGAUUUGCGUGAGAACCCGGCUCGCAUUCAAGAAUUACUCUUGUAUCUUUGCAUCCAAUGGCUCAUAGGAGCCCUGAUAGCCUACCUGCUAGACAUUAAAAAUUGGACAAAAUACUUGACUCUGGCAUUCUCUACACCUGUGUUGGCCCACCUGGCAGGUGUUCCUGUCGAACACCUGAGCGCUGUCCACAAUGUUGCUUCGACUGUCAUUAUUUCCGUCAUUCUUCUGCACCUGUUCAAUAGUCUCAGCUGCACUUUGGAUUUUGUCAAAUCAGAAAUCAAUCGUCUGUGGCAAAUAAUAAAUGCCACAGGCUGGCUACCGAUAAUUGUCUCUCUGUGGCACACAAUAAUGUUACCCACACAGCUUCUCUUGUUCUGGAUGGUUCUGUUUUGCACACAGCUCUACAUAUACCUGAGUGCUGAAAACAACCCGAUCAUCCAGGAGGGUUGGCUGGUGAUGGUCUUGGCUAGUAUUGGUGAGUGCUGUGCAACACCGGUCAGUCUGUUUGCACUGUGUGUCACAAUCUCUUAUGCAUCCUACUACAUCCUGACCCUCACUAAACUCUACUUGCAAGGCUGGAAUGCCAUUGGCCAUGACAACGAUGGAAUGCGAGGAUGGACUGAGGGCUUCACAAUGCUGCUGAUUGCAAUGCAGACUGGUCUUUUAGAGCUACGGCCCUUGCAGCGUGCCUUUCUUAUGAGUAUCUUGUUGUUCAUUGUGGCUUCGUCUUUGAUUCAAUCCAUGUACGAGAUGACCGACCCCAUCCUCUUGACCCUUAGUGCUUCUCGGAAUGGCAGCAUCUUUAAACAUUUGAGGGCCGUUGUACUGUGUACUUUCCUCUGGAUGUUUCCUCUCUACAUGACGUACAUGAUCUGUCAGUACCUUGACCUCGACUUCUGGUUGCUCGUUAUCAUCUCCAGCUGUUUGCUGACCUCUGUGCAGGUCAUCGGCUCCCUUGCUAUCUACGUCCUCUUCAUGUAUGACUACGUACGCAAUGAGCCGUGGGAGUCGCUCGAUGACGUCAUCUACUACGCUCGGUCGACCACUCGUGUUCUCGAGUUCAUCGUUGCCGUUUUUGUUGUGUGUUACGGACUGAAGGAGACGCUGUUCGGUGUGUGGAGCUGGAUCAACUCGUCCAUCCUCAUCAUUCACUGUUACUUCAAUGUCUGGCAGCGACUGCAGAGUGGCUGGAAGAGCUUCCUGCAACGGCGGGAGGCUGUCAAGAUGCUGGAAUCGAUGCCAUGUGCCAGCCAGGAGCAGUUGAAAACGCACGGAGAUGUGUGUGCGAUAUGCUUCCAGGAGAUGACUGUCGCUCGGAUUACCAAGUGCAACCACUUCUUCCACGGGUUCUGUCUGCGAAAGUGGCUCUAUGUGAAGGAUGCUUGUCCCAUGUGCCACCAGAAAGUGUCAUCUAUCUAUAAGGAGGAAGAGUCGCCUGUUGUGAGCCAAAACAAUAACACUGAAGAUGGUGGCACUGAAACGGAAUCUGGUGCUGCAACGGAACUUUUCCAAACCUCUGUUUCUAAAGUGGAGCCAUCAACAGAAGCAACAACAGCUGGACAAUCAGAAGCAAAGCCAUCGGUCAGUGGACACGUCAGCAACAAUGUGCCGGCCAGUCUUAUUGAUGAGGAUUCUCUACAAAAACAGCAGGAAGUUGAAGCAGUGGCAUCUGCCAAACUGGAGGAAUUCAAGUUGGAACAGAAAUCUGGUUCCAAUCUUGUUUCUGACAAAGAAGAUCGGGUGAAUGACAAUGUGAAACAGGCACACAACACAGCAGGUACCCCUGUGAUCUCUGUGUCAGAAGCCUAAUAAUUACUUUAUGUCUUAAAAACAAGUAAAAAUACCCCCCCCCCAAAAAAAAAAAUAUCAACUAGUACUGCUGAUAGAGAGAAACUUAGUCUGUACCUUACCUCACAGCUCCCUGAUAAAAUGGAAAUACAUUUUCUUUUGUUGUGUUUUUAGCGGGUGAGGGGAUUAGUGCAAUGACAGGGUGACGGUGGGGUAGGGUUAACAUCUUAGCUUGAGCAAGUACUUUAUUGCUGAUUAGAAUUUCAGCUCAAAAAGCGAAAAUAAAAAUAAAAUAAAAAUAUAUAAGAAUAAAAUAUAAGUGAAAAAAAAAAAAUCCUGAAAAAAAAAAAACAUUGAAGUUAAAAAAAAA